UGCGUGCACACAUCGGCUCGCGUACAUAUAAUAUAUGUAUAUAUACAUGCCCGUCUCGGCUGUGAACGGCGCGCCCGCGGCUGCGAUCGCCGACGGGUCAAACGGCGUAGCAACGGAUGGCUCGCGAUUCUGGCCGAUCGGCUGGCUGAACAUGAUGCGCGCCUGCGACGAUACGUCCGAUGUACGAUUGGAGAAGUUUCGAACGGCGACAAGCGGCGCCGUCGCGACGUCGGGGAAUGGGGACGCGAACACGACGGAGGAGAUGGCGACGUCGAGGAAGUGCGAUGGACAGCUGUCUAUGCUGUGCGCGACGAACAGCUGUUCGUCCUGCAAGCCUGCAUGCCGUACGUCAGAAAUGGAGCAAGAGGACCAUGGCCCGUCUUGGGACAACCUGCCCACCGUUAUCUUGCAGGAGAUAUUCUCAUAUUUGUCGCACGAGACCAGAAUAAGAGCCUCCCAGGUGUGCAAAAAUUGGAGAUACACCUUGUUCCACCCAAACUUCUGGAAAAAAAUCACUUUUGUGUUCAGAGAUCAGGAUAGUGUUUUGUGGGCUCGAUUCUUGGCAAAUCGUUUUGCUCUGAGUGUACACGAAGCUACGAUUCGUUGGGCUAAAUCUAGAUCUAGAAAGAUCAAUUGCACAGGAGAAACGUAUAGGCUCUUGAAGAAAUUAAGCCACAAUAGACAAUUGAGAAAAUUGUGCUUGGAAUUCUAUAGUAAUACUAGUGAUUCUCCUUUUGACAACGAGGAUGACAGUAAUUACAAGAGUUCUUCAUCAUUAGAAAGAUGUGUGAUAAAUAUUAUUGAGACUUCUAAUUACUUGGAAGUCCUAAGUCUAGGGUGCAGGGAAGAGUUGAUUAUGAAUUUAUCUGCAAUUGUGGAACCUCUCCGUCUUCAUCACUCCAAACAUUUAACACACCUCAGUCUGGCAUCUAUCAAGGACGAUCCUGACUAUUAUGACUUCUUUGAAUUUGAUAACACUAUUUUUAAUUCGUUUAUCAGAUUGUCUAUCUUAACUUUAGAUUAUGAGUAUGUCAGUGAUGCUUUGUUGGAAGCGUUAGAUAAUGGAUGUAUGCAGAGACUUGUGAUUCAUAUACAUGGCUGGAAACCGGAUUAUCCAGGAACAACAAAUAUAGCUUGGAAAAUGUUUGUUCAAAAAAAUCCACAUUGUGAAUUAAGGCUCAAUCUUAUACAUUCUUAUGCCGGUGUCAAGGUUUUGGAUACUGACAUAUUAUGUCCUGCUAUGCCACUGACACACUUACAAGUUCUAUUCUGUGAAAACAUUAAUAUCAGUGCGUUACAUCGAUUAUCAAUGUGGUAUUCACAUACAUUGCAAUCAUUGACAUGGGUAGAUUCGAUAGAUUACAAGCAGAGUAUACCAUCUACAUUUGAUCCAAACGAUCCACAUGGUCCAGAUCCUUUGGUGUUAGUGGCAUGGAAGUGUAAUAAACUUAUGAAGAUGAUGUUCCUGGGUCAUAAAUAUUAUCAAGAGAAUCUAUUGGCCAUCGCGCGUCUCAGAGGCAAUACUCUUAAAUCAUUGGUAUUUGCAAAAAGUGAUAUCACAUCUGAAGUUGAAUUGUGGCUCGAAGCUGAAAAUAUCAGACGUGAAAUUCGAGAAAUAAUGGGUCCACAUUGGAGGCCCUUGAGUGACUCAGAUUUGCCAAAAGUGAUAUUAGAUCCUUUCAAUGGCGAUAGUAGAGAAGUGAUUGAACCGUUGGUUCUUGGUGAUCAGAAAUAAUUCUCAGACAGACGCCAAGGAAAAUCUCUAUCCAGUGUGAUUGUCCAAAAACCAUCUCCGGGCCACCAACAUUCUCAGAAGUAAUGUUAUUAAAUUACAUCUUUUAUUCUUCUACAAAAUUUGUUUAAUGAGGGUGAAACAUCGAACAGCAAAUAUGCAGUAUAAGUUCGAAAUCUCGUUAUCGUUUUCCGAGUUGGGAAUUCUGGGUGCAAUGUGUAAGAGAUACAAAGAGAUAAAC